CGGAGCCGCGGAUAACGGAACAGGCAGAAGACCCUGGCGUUGCCUAACCCCGGCAGGGCCGCCCGAGCUCCGCGGCGCCCACUCGGGCUGCCAUACCCUCUUCCAGCGGGCUGCGCGGGCGGGAAGACGCUCAGACUCCGGUUUCGGUCCCCUUUCCGUCUCUAGGUUCCUCUUUCCUCCCAAGUAAGGGAAUAAGACCAGAGGAAGGAGCGCUCUGGGGAACCACGCAACCAAGUGCUGCCUGGUGAGAGUCUCUUCAGCAGGUGGCUGAGCUUCUGCAUGGCAGUGCGGAGCUCCCCAAACACAACAGUGGAAACUGCAAGGCCUUCGUAAGGCUUCGGCAUGACACUGGCAUUCUCUCGGUUAAAGCAAGUCAAAGGCACAACCCAGACUCCAAGAAAAGGGACUAAAAGGGCAUGAAUAUCAGGAGGCAUGGUUUUAGGGGGACCUCCAAUGUAACCCUACUACAGUGGUGACAAUUCAUUGAUGAAUUCAAGCAACUUAACUCCCAACAUACUGUCAGGGAAGAGCAAGACUUUUGAAGUUACCUUGACUGCAAAUAGAAGGAUGUUCUCUGAGGAGUCGCAGAGGCCUUCGCUCGUCUGCUGAAAGGUGCCGCUGCUGCCAUAGCCGCUUGGGUUCCCGAGAAGCCUCCCGAACGGCUUGUUCAUCGCACGCCCGGGAUGCGCCAGGCCCUGGGCUGGGCCCCGGCUUCUCCCUGGUGAACACAGCUCCGUCCCGGCCUCGAGCGCUCAUACCCAGCGUCAAGAUGAGUGAAGAACGCUGGGUCUCCCUCACUUCAGACGAAUUUUACCAGCUCCAGAAAUAUUCAGAAUAUUCUUCCAAGAAGAUAAAGGAUGUCUUGGCUGAAUUUAAUAAGAGUGGAAGUCUCAAACAGUAUGACUCACAUGAGACAAUCAGCUAUGAUGUCUUCAAGCUGUUCAUGAGGGCAUACCUGGAGGUGGACCUUCCCCAGCCACUGAGCAAUCACCUCUUUCUGGCCUUCAGCCAGAAGCCCAGACAGGGGAUCCCUGACCACCCACAGGAGGGGACCAGCAACAGCGAGGCCAGUGACCCAGAUUCUAAUAUACAGAAUGUGGAUAAUGCUGCCAAAGCGGAUGAGGCCUGUGCCCCUGACACAGAAUCAGAGAUCCCUGAGAAGCAAGUGGCAAGCAAAGGCCAAGCUGCUGCAACCCCCCUGGAAAACCCUGGUGCUCAAUCUUCAGGCUCAGAAUCCCCCACAGUGUACCUGAAGGAUGUCGUGUGUUACCUGUCCCUGCUGGAGAUGGGGAGACCUCAGGAUAAGCUAGAGUUCAUGUUUCGUCUCUAUGAUUCGGAUGAGAACGGUCUCCUGGAUCAAGCGGAGAUGGAUCGUAUUGUCAACCAAAUGCUGCACAUUGCACAGUAUCUUGAGUGGGAUCCCACGGAGCUAAGGCCUAUAUUGAAGGAGAUGUUGCAAGGGAUGGACUACGACCGGGACGGCUUUGUGUCUCUACAGGAAUGGGUCCACGGAGGGAUGACCACCAUCCCAUUGCUGGUCCUCCUGGGCAUGGAUGACUCUGGCUCCAAGGGGGACGGCAGGCACGCCUGGACCAUGAAGCACUUCAAGAAACCAACCUACUGUAACUUCUGCCACGUCAUGCUGAUGGGCGUGAGGAAGCAAGGCCUGUGUUGCACAUACUGUAAAUAUACCGUUCACGAACGCUGCGUAUCCAAAAACAUUCCUGGGUGUGUCAAAACGUACUCAAGAACCAAAAGGGGCAGCGAGGUGAUGCAGCACGCGUGGGUGGAAGGGAACUGCUCCGUCAAGUGUGAUCGGUGCCACAAAAGUAUCAAGUGCUACCAGAGUGUCACCGCGUGGCACUGCGUGUGGUGCCGGAAGACGUUUCACCGCAAGUGUGAAUUGUCCACGUUGUGUGAUGGUGGGGAACUCAAAGACCACAUCUUGCUGCCCACCUCGAUAUGCCCCAUCACCCGGGACAGGCAAGGUGGGCAGUCUGACGGCAACGCAUCCGCCAAGGGUGAACUUGUGAUGCAGUAUAAGAUCAUCCCCACCCCGGGUACCCACCCCCUGUUGGUCUUGGUGAACCCCAAGAGUGGAGGGAGACAAGGAGAAAGAAUUCUUCGGAAAUUCCACUAUCUGCUCAACCCCAAACAAGUUUUCAACCUGGACAAUGGGGGGCCUACCCCAGGACUGAACUUCUUCCGCGACACCCCCGACUUCCGUGUCUUGGCCUGCGGAGGUGAUGGGACAGUUGGCUGGAUUUUGGAUUGCAUUGAUAAGGCCAACUUGGCAAAGCAUCCACCAGUGGCCGUCCUGCCUCUUGGAACAGGAAAUGACCUGGCCCGAUGUCUCCGCUGGGGAGGAGGUUACGAAGGGGGAAGCCUGACGAAAAUUCUGAAGGACAUCGAACAGAGCCCCUUGGUGAUGCUGGACCGCUGGCACCUGGAAGUCAUCCCCAGAGAGGAGGUGGAGAAUGGGGACCAGGUCCCAUAUGACAUCAUGAACAACUACUUCUCCAUUGGCGUGGAUGCUUCCAUUGCACACAGAUUCCACGUGAUGAGAGAGAAACACCCCGAAAAAUUCAACAGCAGGAUGAAGAACAAGCUGUGGUACUUUGAAUUUGGCACCUCGGAGACCUUUGCAGCCACCUGCAAGAAACUCCACGACCACAUAGAGUUGGAGUGUGACGGAGUUGGGGUGGACCUGAGCAACAUCUUCCUUGAAGGCAUUGCCAUUCUCAACAUUCCCAGCAUGUACGGUGGCACCAAUCUCUGGGGAGAAACCAAGAAGAAUCGGGCUGUGAUCCAGGAAAGCAGAAAGGUUGUCACUGACCCUAAGGAACUGAAAUUCUGUGUCCAAGACCUCAGUGACCAGCUUCUGGAAGUGGUGGGGCUAGAGGGAGCCAUGGAGAUGGGGCAGAUCUACACUGGCCUGAAGAGCGCGGGCAGGAGGCUGGCCCAGUGCUCCUCCGUCACCAUCAGGACAAACAAGCUUCUGCCGAUGCAAGUGGAUGGAGAGCCCUGGAUGCAGCCACCGUGCACGAUUAAAAUUAUUCACAAGAACCAAGCACCCAUGAUGAUGGGACCUCCCCAGAAGAGCAGCUUCUUUUCACUGAGGAGGAAGAGCCGUUCAAAAGACUAAACAAUGUGCCAGUUGCCAGUUAAACCAAGAGAGAAAACAAGAAACUGUACCCCACACACACGCACACGCACACGCACACGCACGCACACACACAAGCGCACGCGCGUGCGCACACACACACACACUAAUACACACACACUCUCCUCUCUAACCAGUGGAAGCAAAGCCACCCUUCAGGAGGAUACCCUCACCCUGCCAUACAGUCUUUAUUUUAACAAUGGACACACCCCAACAGAGCCAAUGACAACAGAACAUUUUGAAUGGACUUAGGGCCCACCUGGCUCAGGCAGCAACCUCCACAUUCCCAGAAGGCCUUGAGUGAGACUUUCUGAGUUUGAAGGAGAACUCCCCCUUUCUUCCCGCCAGCCCUGCAAGUUUCCUCAUGGACACUCCCAAGGAGCAGGCUGCAGGUUUCCUGCCUAUGGUCAGAUCGGAUGUGGCCAAGGGAAAGAGCUCCCAUUCCAGAAAGCUCGCACAAAGGUCCCUCUGUGAAGAGAAAAACGGCAUCCGACGUUCAGAGCAUAGCCCUUGGCAGGGCUCAGCAAGUGCACGCUGGCUUCUUGGUCAUCCUUCGAGCGACAGCUUCUCCCUGAACCUGCUGAGGAGGCAGAAAGACUGUGGAAAGCUGUGUUUCCAUUCGUGGUUCUCUGCACUGUCAGUGGGCUCUUGUCAUUUCCCGAAGCCUUCUCCUGGCGGCUGUGUUUGUUUAGAAAGGGCUCCAGGAGCCCCCAGAGCUGCCGGCGCAGCACACCUUAGAUGUGGUAUUUAUUUUCUUAGUUCUGUGAACACCUGGGAAGGGAAAGCAGAGAAACUGGGAUUUAUUUUUCAAAUUGGUGUCAUAAUAUUGUGUAAAAAGGGAAGAAAAAAAAACACCCCCAGCUUCUUUCUUUUUCAAGCCAAAGUGUGUUUCCUGUUUGAGUUCCAAGCCCUGGUGGCAGUCUAUUCCUGAAGGCAGAGAAGUCGGGCGGGAAGGGCUGUUUGCUAAGGAGACCGGGAGACAAACUGUCAGGCGGUUCCCUCCGACCUCUUUGCACCUAGCACUCCCAGAGUAUGACCAAGGCCCUUCUGAUGGUCUUGUGUGUGUACAUAUAUGUAGCAUAUAUAUUUAUAAAUAUUUAUAUUUAUUUACUGAUGGACUUUUCCUGGUUGAAAAAAAAAUAUGUAGUAUAGAAACAGAAAAUGGGAAAGAUGAAGGUUUUUACUCCCCCAUUCUACCAUUUCCUUGUUAAGACACAUGCCCCGGGGUGACUGUGAGAUUUAAGGGAAAUGAAAGUAGCUUCUCAUCAUAGAGAGACUGAGAAUUCUUAUCCUGGAUCAUCAAAACAGCCAUGAAAUACAGGCUGGGCAGAACUUAUUCUUCCAUUUGUCAGAUAAGGAAACUGAGUGUCAGAAAAGUUAAGAGACUUGUCCAGGGUAUUGUGGCUAAUGUGGUUUGGGAACAGGUGCCACUUAAGAAGAUACUCAGUAGAGAAAAUAACCUACACAUCUUGGAAUAGGGUCAUUCCUGGUCUCUGAGAAAUGAUUCCAUUUGGAUCCAGGUUUCCAGGGAAGAAUGAAUGUGCAGCACAUGCAUGGAUGGGACAAGCCCACAUGAGAGAAUGAAGCCUCAUGUUGCUUCCCAGAUAUUCUCUCUGGCCUGAACUGGUGAGAAGUUGGUCUGGGGUCGAAGGCACUGAAGAGAUCAUGGAACUCUCCACAUAUCUCCCCCUCAUGGUCAUCACGGUCUUUCAGUAUGGAAACAACCCUGGCUGCAGGGAUAACCUCAGUGGAGAGUCAGAGGAGGACUGAGGUACCUUCUGCAAGGUACUACCAGCCGGUACCCAGAGGGAUCUUGGCAGAACUCAGUGGGUUUCAUUCUGCUGGUGCUGUUAUUACCCUCCUUUUCUGAUGGCAAGUGUCUAUGGAGCUUUUUCAAUAGAAGAAACAUUUGCCUCGGCACUUUUGUUCCCUUAAGCCUCCAUCCUCUCUGAGAUCUCUCAAGAGGAAACCUGGGCCCACUGGACAUUGCUCCACUGAGUUUCCUCUAAUCUCCUGGCACUGAAUCAGGAGCUUUGCACAAGGAAGGGAAAAUUAAAAAUUGUGUGUACAAAUUGAUUCUAACUCUGAAGGAAGCAAUCAUCUAGGACCAUGUAGGAGGGACAUCCAGGACCAUCCUGUUCAACCUAACAGUGCAGAGCACUGGGCAAGGGGAAAACCAGGCCACCCGAAGAAUCUCCUGAGUGAUGGGAUCCAUGGUGAUGGGACCAACAAGAAUGACAGCAGGUACUACCUUGGAAGCCACUUGAUUCUGAAACACAAACAGGUUCAGAUUUGGGGUCACUUGUUCUAAGGCAUUUACAGAAGUUUUUGCAUGUAUCUCAUCCCUGACUCCCCCAACAUUGAGACUGUUGAGAUAUAGCACUAUGAACAGAUGAAACUGAUUCUCAGAUUCACAAGUCAGAGACUGGCCCUUUGCCCACUCUAUUCUAGUGCAUAGGACUUACAGUGUUGCUUGAGAGACAUGUCCUAAGUCUUCCUUA